AUGACACCGUCUUUGCUUCCCUUUACCAAUGUAAAGGUGCUACUGCACGUACGUGAGAGUGUUUUUGGGGAUGGUGGCGAUCGUACGAAGCAUUACGCAAAGAAAGCCCUUCGUAAGCUCGGUGCCUCUUUGACACUAUCGGAAUGUACGGCGGAUUUAAUUGUGUUUCACUGCGGGAGUGAAUCGCUCCUUGAGAAUGCAACAGCGCAUGGAAAGACGAUAGUUACGCCGGCGUACCUGCAAGAGUGUGUAAAACGCAUGGAGCGGCUGCCAGUUGAAGGCUUUCUCGUCCGUCCACGCAUGGCCCCAGCGCAAAGGAAGGAGGCCAAAAGGACGGGGUGCAUCGGGGGCGGUCCACAGGAGGAGCGGCCGACAGUCAUGACGUCCACGGGACUGUCAACUAUCCCGUACCUUGAUGACGUGGCGGAGGCAGAGGUUGAGAAGGAUGGGGCCUCCCAUGUAAAAGGCUCCGAGAGGCAAGACGGAGCCACCGCAAGACCGACGGCCGUGUCCUCUGUUAUUGAUUACGAUGAUGAUGCCGAUGGCAUGGGAGUACUGGUACGUGAAAACAGUUUUCGCAGCGCAGGAAGACGUAGGGAGAUGCCGUUACAGCCAGACGAUUGCAACAGCAGUGGUAGCCCCCUCGUCCAUGUGGGCGCAUCAACCACACCCUUCAAGGAGGCGGUGAAAAGCACGCAUAGAGGCAUAAUGCAAAGUACCAGCAGCAAAGAAAUAAAUCUCGGCGUGGAUAGUACGAAGGAUCCCUCGGCCCUGCCUUGUAUGGGCGCACGAAGGAAGGCUUUGGGUGGCACGAUGCCUGCUGGAAGGGCCGCCGUGUCAUCAUCAUCAUCAUCAUCAUUACCCACGGCGACUGUUAAGAGACGCGCGACGAAUUCAACGGACGAAAUACCGGCAGUGCAGCGAAAACGUGACUGGUGUUUCACAGAUAGUGCUAGCGACGAGCACGUGACUGGGGUGCCGAGUAAAAAGAGAAACAAGACGCAGGAGCGAAAGACAGUGUCCGGGACACAUGAAGAGGGGGCGACACAGCUCACGAUGGCCUUCACGGACACUUGCCUCAUCACUCCAUUGUUUGCUUCGGAGCCGGCUGCGAAGAGCAUCACUCGUCAUGGUGUGACGCACCUCCGUCCUUCCACGUCGCCCCCACAGCUCCGUGUUGCAGUGGCUGGGGAUGAUGAUGACGGUAUUCAGUUUCUAUGCGAUAUUGUUGAGCAGCUGGGCGGCGUCUGUGUACCACGUGUGUUUGGUCGUGUGAGGAAGCCGACGCAUCUUGUUUUGGAAGGACGUGGGGAGUUGACACCGAUGGUGCUGCUUGCCAAGGCGCUGGGUAUUCCUGUACUGACACCGCAGUGGCUCUACGAUGCCAUUGGCUUGGGGGCAUUCCCAAAGAUUAUCCGUGCGCAUCUGCAUCCCAUUUACUUCACUCAUGUCACCAACAGUGACGACGCCACUUGUAGCGGCGGUGGGAGUGGUAAAGAAGAAAAUGAUGAGAAGGGAGGAAGAUCUGGUGCUACACCAAUGCAUUCCCUGCGGAAGGAUGCGGGCGUUGAAAAGGGCCUUGUCGGUCUCUUUGAGCAUGACGUUGGCCCCUAUUACAAGCCUAUCUUUCUUGGGAUGGUGGUUGCCCUUGUCAGCCACUCGCCCCUUGCCCACGCUGAUCAAUUCAUGGAGCUGGUGCGUAUUUUGGGUGGAUUUGUCUCACGCAGCGCGUUGAGUCUAAAUCUGUCCGUCAUUGUUGAUCUUAGAUGUGGUGCCGCCGCCUCGGACGAUCAGGCACUAAAGGAGGAGCAAGAAGAUGUGGGAAUAGCGGCGGACGUCAAAAGACGAAACCCGCGGCGAGGGGUUUUGCGCCGUGCGAAAGCGGGGUCUGCAUCUGAGACGCAGUCGAACCCCAUGAAGUACCGAACUGCGUUGAGUGACGGCCGCAAUGCGUCACGGCAUGACUCGCAUGAUGUUCUGCAGCGUCUCUUGGCGCAGCGGCGUCAACACGAUUUGCCUGCUGUCCCUGUUGUGUCGGUGGAGUGGAUUAUUCAAUGCAUCCUUCUCGGCCAGGUCACCGAGACAGCCCCGUUUGAAGUGGCAGUGAGCGGAAGGGAACGAGUCGGUGGGGUGGAGAUGGACCAUUCGAUUGAGAAGAAGCACACAGAGGAAAAAUACGUCAUUGCCAUGACACCACCGAGACAGACAAUGUGGAUUGAGAGUGACAAGAGGAGCGAGACGGGCCGCCGUCACAUCACGAUCCCGCGACAACCGCAUGUUGUUACCAGCCCGUUCGCAAAGACGUCUGAGGGGCCAAGCAGCGCGAUGAAGUGUGCAGAACAGCAGUUAAGCACACAGCAACUGUUGCUCUCUUUGGACAGUGAGGAUGAGUGA